UGUCAUAGCUGAACCACCUGAUUUUGUUUCAAUUUGGUGUUUAAUAUUUAUACAGUUCUGUGUGUUUUGGUAUCAAAAGAUACGGGAAAAAUAUUCGUUUUUAUUCUUCUAACAGCUAUUUAAAAAGUCAGAAUGCCAGCGGAUCCAUCUGAAGAAGUUGCCCCUCAGGUCCCGAAGACCGAGCUAGAAGAGCUGCAAAUUAAUGCGCAAGGAGUAGCCGAUGAGUCCCUGGAAAGUACGCGACGUAUGCUUGCUCUGUGUGAGGAGAGCAAGGAGGCAGGGAUUCGAACACUUGUAGCCCUUGAUGAUCAAGGAGAACAACUGGAUCGUAUUGAAGAAGGAAUGGAUCAAAUUAAUGCAGACAUGAGAGAAGCAGAAAAAAAUUUAAGUGGAAUGGAAAAAUGUUGCGGCAUUUGUGUUCUUCCGUGCAAUAAAAGUCAAUCAUUCAAAGAAGAUGAUGGGACCUGGAAAGGAAAUGAUGACGGAAAAGUUGUAAAUAAUCAGCCACAGAGAGUGAUGGAUGAUAGAAAUGGCAUGAUGGCGCAAGCGGGUUAUAUUGGCAGGAUAACGAACGACGCUAGAGAAGAUGAAAUGGAAGAAAAUAUGGGCCAGGUAAACACUAUGAUAGGCAAUCUCCGAAAUAUGGCAUUGGAUAUGGGCUCUGAGCUGGAAAAUCAAAAUCGUCAAAUUGAUAGAAUAAACCGGAAGGGUGAAUCUAAUGAAGCGCGGAUAGCAGUUGCUAAUCAAAGGGCACAUCAACUAUUAAAGUAAAAACAUUGCAGGGCGACUAGGAUAUACAUAAACAUUUCAAGAAAAGACAUUCUGAUACAUACGUGUGCAACCUAGCCCUUUCUGUCUAUGAUUUAAGCCAUCUAUGUGCUCCAAAAAGUUAUAUAAAACUGAACACAUUUGAAAAAAAAAUAUUUUCAAAACAUUUUAAAAGUACUUAACUUUGUUGGUCCGAAAUGUGUCGUAUGAAAUGUAUAUUUUUUUCGAUAUGCCACUGUUCAUUUUAAAGGUAAAAUCAUAUUAAUGACGAUCUUAACUACAUAUGCAUACAGAAAAACGAGGGGUAAUCAUAAAAGCGCCAAUAGUAUUUUGUGACGCUUAGUUCAAAAUCUAUCCAUAAUACUAGCAUUUUAUUACGCAUCUCCAAGGGAUUCAAUAUGUAAUAUUUGUUUACAUUACUUGACAAGUCGAUAUUAGUCAUUUCCUUCACUUCUUAUACUAAUGGCGUUUUUUGCUUAAAGCUAUUGAUUAAAACCUGUACAAUCGUAGCUAAAAGUUUGUUCAUACAGUACCAAGGAUGAAAAUCACUUUGAUCAAAGCCCUCGGUUGCUUAUCACCCAUAAUAAAAUUUUGAUAAUAAAUUUAAAAAUUCUUGCCAUAUCAGCUGAUGUCUCAAAUUCCAAAUAUGUACGAAAGUGUACGAGUAUGUUUUAAAAUUAAAUUUCGCCUAUCAAAUAUAUAUAAUAUGUAUAUAAUAUUAUAUAACAUAUAUAUAAUGUUAUUUGCGGUUUUUUUUAUUAGAAACACCUCCAUGCACACGAUUUGCAGUAUAUAAUAAAAAUAUGUAAAUACAUUAAAUUUAAAGGGAAAGUAGCAUCCCAAGUCAACGUAAAUAUACCCUUACAAGCAAAACGGUCCUCAUGGUUUUAAGCUUAACUCGCAUAAAUUUGUAUAGACUUCGAGUGAAAGAGUAAAAAAAUCCGUUUAUAAUAUGUAGAAUAUUAAUAAAACAAUAUUUAAAAUAUAGGUACAUUUUUCUUAUUUAAAGGUAGGACUCUGUUAGGUAUCUGUUGUUUGGUUUACCAGUUAAUUUUAUAUCAAAAAUUACAUUUAUUCUAAUUGACGCAAACUGUUCAUGGCUAUAUCGACAAGGUGUUUCAUAAAACAUGAAGUAUUUGUUAAAAUUAUAACGCUUAGUAAGGCUAUGAAUUGCAAAAAUGUUCUUUGCUGAUUGUCGCUACGUAACUCAUAAGUUAUGUUCGUGUAAAAGCACAAGAAUGUCGUAAAAUUCACAUUUUAUUUUAAAACCUUUUAGACGAUGAAGUUAUUACAACUUAAAACAUACCUCUAACAUACAUAAAUUGUUAUCCAGCAUACUAAUGUAGUCAGGGUUUUUUAACAUUUUUUGCUCACUUUAAAAUGUUAAUAAAUCCCUCUUAUGAAUGUUACAAACAAAAAUGUAUAAGUCCUGCAAAAUUGAAAUAAAUUAUUGGUCUAUGCGCAU